AUGAAGCAUGUGGGAACGUCGAAGCGACAAACUCACACUCUGAUAACGUUUUGCGAAACGGUAGACUUGCGUCGAAUCUCCUGGGCCCUCAGCCGUUUGCCCUUGCCUUCCCAACCGCGUUGGACAGUGUCGAUGUGCGACGGCGGGAUUGUCGGGAUCCAGACGAGCGACGUAUGCUGCUCCGCAAGCUGCGGGUCUUGCGGAGGCACCGGGUGCUCUGGCAGGGACGGUGGCUCAGGUGCCUGCUGUGGUGGCGGAGUCAGGGCCUCCGGUCGCUACUGCUCUGUUACGGGAGAAGCACCUUGCAUGACCGUUCCGAUGUGCGACGGAGGUAUCGUCGGCAUCCAGGCGAGCGACGUAUGCUGCUCGGCAAGCUGUGGGUCUUGCGCAGGCACCGGGUGCUCUGGUAGGGACGGUGGCUCAGGUGCCUGCUGUGGUGGCGGAGUCCAGGCCUCCGGUCGCUACUGCUCUGUUACGGGAGAAGCACCUUGCAUGACCGGCCCGGCCCCUACUCCGGAGCCCACGCCGGCCCCUACGCCGCCCCCUACCGUUGAAGUUCCGAUGUGCGACGGAGGAAUUGUCGGCAUCCAGACGAGCGACGUAUGCUGCUCCGCAAGCUGUGGGUCUUGCGGAGGUACCGGGUGCUCUAGCAGGGACGGUGGCUCAGGUGCCUGCUGUGGUGGCGGAGUCAGGGCCUCCGGUCGCUACUGCUCUGUUACGGGAGAAGCACCUUGCAUGACCGGCGCGGCCCCUACCCCUGAACCAACGCCGGCCCCUACGCCGCCCCCUACUGUUGAAGUUCCUAUGUGCGACGGCGGGAUUGUCGGCAUUCAGACGAGCGACGUAUGCUGCUCCACAAGCUGCGGGUCUUGCGGAGGUACCGGGUGCUCCGGCAGGGACGGUGGCUCAGGUGCCUGCUGUGGUGGCGGAGUCAGGGCCUCCGGUCGCUACUGCUCUGUUACGGGAGAAGCGCCCUGCAUGACCGUCCCGAAGUGCGACGGCGGAAUUGUCGGCAUCCAGGCGAGCGAUGUAUGCUGCUCCUUGAGCUGUGAAUCUUGCGGAGGUUCCGGGUGCAGUGGCAGGGACGGUGGCGAAGACGAGUGCUGUGGUGGCGGAGUGAGGGCGUCCGGUCGCGAUUGCUCUGUUACGGGAGAAGCGCCUUGCAUCGUGACGAGUCCGGAACCUUCGACGCCGGCCCCCACGCCAGCCCCUACACGUGCAGCGGGGACGUGCGAUGGCGGAAUUGUCGGCGUCCAGGCUAGUGAUGUUUGCUGCGCCUUGAGCUGUGGUUCUUGCGGAGGUGACGGGUGCAGUGACAGGGACGGUGGAGAAGACAACUGCUGUGGUGUCGAAAUCAGGACGGCUAAUCUCGAUUGCUCUGUUACGGGAGAAGCCCCGUGCAUCGUGACGAGUCCGGAACCUUCAACGCCGGCCCCCGCUACGCCGGCCCCCGCUACGCCGGCCCCCACGCCGGCCCCGUCACGUGCAGCGGGGACGUGCGAGGGCGGAAUUGUCGGUGUCCAGGCUAGUAAUGUUUGCUGCGCCUUGAGCUGCGGUUCUUGCGGAGGUGACGGGUGCAGUGACAGGGACGGUGGAGAAGACAACUGCUGUGGUGUCGAAAUCAGGACCGCUAAUCUCGAUUGCUCUGUUACGGGAGAAGCGCCUUGCAUCGUGACGAGUCCGGAACCUUCAACGCCGGCCCCUGCUACGCCGGCCCCCGCUACGCCGUCCCCUGCUACCCCGGCCCCCGCUACGCCGUCCCCUGCUACGCCGGCCCCCCGCUACGACGGCCCCCACGCCGGCUCCUUCACGUGCAGCGGGGACGUGCGAGGGCGGAAUUGUCGGUGUCCAGGCUAGUAAUGUUUGCUGCGCCUUGAGCUGUGGUUCUUGCGGAGGUGACGGGUGCAGUGACAGGGACGGUGGAGAAGACAACUGCUGUGGUGUCGAAAUCAGGACGGCUAAUCUCGAUUGCUCUGUUACGGGAGAAGCCCCGUGCAUCGUGACGAGUCCGGAACCUUCAACGCCGGCCCCUGCUACGCCGGCCCCCGCUACGCCGUCCCCUGCUACGCCGUCCCCUGCUACGCCGGCCCCCGGUACGCCGUCCCCUGCUACGCCGGCCCCCGCUACGCCGGCCCCCGCUACGCCGGCCCCCACGCCGGCUCCUUCACGUGCAGCGGGGACGUGCGAGGGCGGAAUUGUCGGUGUCCAGGCUAGUAAUGUUUGCUGCGCCUUGAGCUGUGGUUCUUGCGGAGGUGACGGGUGCAGUGACAGGGACGGUGGAGAAGACAACUGCUGUGGUGUCGAAAUCAGGACCGCUAAUCUCGAUUGCUCUGAUACGGGAGAAGCGCCUUGCAUCGUGACGAGCCCCGCCCCUACCCCGGCCCCUUCGACUACGGUCACCACGACGGCCCCUCCGACCACGGUCACCACGACGGCCCCUCCUACGAUGGUCACCACGACCGCUCCUCCUACGACGGUCACCACGACGGCCCCUCCUACGAUGGUCACCACGACCGCCCCUCCUACGCCGGCCCCUGUUGGUGGUCGUGGGGGUCGUUGAGGCACUACGCCGGCCCCUACGGUUUAACAUAAUUGAAGUCAUACGGUCAGUAGUGGUGCUCGGUUACGGCCUUAGGCCAUUCAGUACAGGUUCCUGGGGUCAACUAUUCCUAAACCAUUCUCCACUUACAACCUCCCCCCGGCGGAUACUCCUGGGCCAUUGAAAAGGGAUAAGUUGUUCAACCGUUUUUGGAGGUUGUGCUCUGCGCAUAGGCGGGUUAUCGAGCAGGGUUGGUUGUGUUGAUUCAAGGUGUACCCUCUCUUGGAGGUUGCGAACGAUGUACGGCCGGAUGUUGCCAAAAGCAUUAGUCGUUGGGGUUAUAUCUCGCAUCAUACGUUAUAAGACCAGGUAACAUGUUAGUGACUUUGAUAGGAUGAGUCGAUUCGGUUGUCCCUUUGGGUGUUUUAGUCCUGUCGUUUCCCAGCUUCAUUCCAGGUUUUGACAUAUCUAAAUUAGUCGUAUCACUUACCCCAGUACGUCAAAAGAGUUACUUGUUGAUGGCUGGAGACUCUCAAUGUGGCAGAGACGAAUGAUUAUUUGUCAACCUUGUGUUGAGUACGUUGAGUACAAUAUACGCACGAGACGUCUGUAGUCGGAUCUGGGCCAAGGCUUCUUGUCAUCCGCUUGUUUUGACAAACUGCAACCCAAGUGUUGCCGUCGAUAUCUCUGUGCUUGCAUGGUGCAGGCCUCAUCCGGCCACUUUGUCCUCCUUCUGGUCUAACCGACAUAAUAACUAAUUUUAUUUUUUUCUCUGGGUACUCGGUAUAAGACGCGGCCGGCUUAAUCUCUCACGGAGGUAGAUAACCACGAGCAGUGUAUGCCGUGUCGCAACCCACCAAGCGGCGAAUCGCCGUCCUUCGAGGACAUGUUGUGUCCGACUGAAAACUCCACGUGACUCUUUUCGGCUCGCUCAGCAAGUCGACCGUACGGUUUUACUAUCGCCAAACAUACCUAACUU